AUGGAGGUUGUCAAAAAAGAACAAUCUGAUGGGGGCUACGUGUAUCUUCCCAGAUUACCCUUUAAACGUGCUUUGUACCCUUCUUUCAUCGUCAACUUCCUUUCUCAUUCUGAUAUUUUGCUUGUUGAACAAAACAGUUACUGGAACAUUGAGCUAUGGAAGGCUUUCUUCACUAAGAUGCUAAACCAAUACCCCCAUGAUGAUGAUAGGAGUUUGCUGCAGGACUUGAAGAAGUCCUUUCAAGACUAUAUGGGCUCCAAUCCCCAGCUUAUAAAGAAACUAAAGGAGUUACUCUCAAAGCAAAGGGCUUCCAUGUGUUCUUCUUAA